UCGAAAUUACAAUAAUCCAACCAUUAUGUCAACCUAACGAUACAUAACCAUUCCCCUACUACGACACCCAGUAUACCUGCGUCCUUGGCAAUCCAUGUCUGCGCAUGGCCGGAAACAGCUGUUUAGCUGUCAGAUGCUACAAGCACGUCGUCGUGUGGUGUGCUGAUGGGCAUCAAAACAAAGGUAUAUGUAAAUAUUUCGUGUUGUAACGUGUAAGGGGCACAAUGCCUUGGUAUCAGAACAUUAUACCAGAACCAGUGAAGAAAAAGUGCUACAUAUAUCUCCUCCAGAGGUACAUGGGCCAAUACUUCGAGCGAAAACUAGACCCCAGUCAGCUUUCAGUGGACUUACUCAACGGCACUUGUUUCCUAAGGGAGAUCCGCCUGGAUGUGCAGUCCCUAAACGAUCUAGCUGAGAAGCAAAACUGGCCUUUGGAAUUCGUCGAUGGUUUCAUCGAGAACUUGUUCAUAUCAGUACCAUGGACCUCCUUACUCACAGACUCCAGCUUCAUCGAAGUCACAAAUUUGAGGCUCACAAUGCAACCGAAACAACGAAACGAAUCUGCAACUUCGAUGUUCGAAUCCAUGUGGACAUCCAUGACCAGCUCGUUGCAUUUAGCAGAAGAAUGCGCAAAACAAACUCUAGGAAGUUCGCCCAUUGGCGGCCAAUCGUACGAGGGCUUAGAACUCUUCGCCCAAACCAUCGACUCAAUUCUGAGCCGCAUCAAAGUCAGAUUCGUAAACACAGUCUUUCAGUUGGAGCAUCUUCCCAAAGGUAGUCCGAUGGGUGUCGGGCUAGUUUUCAACAUCGAUGAAAUCACUUACGCGGACGAGUCAUCCAGCGACCCCCCGAAAGAAGAAGCCACCGAUCUUUCGAAGCAGGACGAGAAAAAGGCGUAUCUAGAGCAGUCGUACACUGCAAGAUCUACACGGUUAGAGGGCAUUACCGUAUCGACCGUCGAGUUUUCGAGUAAGGCACGAACGGUCUCCCAGUCCGCGAUGUCGGAGUCUAGCUGCUUCGAUAAAGAGGAUUCUUUCGCUAGCAUUAUUGAAAGGUCGAGUGCCAGCGAAGGAAACGAUGUGAAGCCGUCGUUCAAAUUAGGGACGGAUCAAGACCAAUAUGGGUCGAGCGAUGAGCGAAAUGUCAUCAUGUUUGGACAAUUCGGCGGGAAAGUGGAGGUUGUCGUGAGACUCAAACGUACCGAAGAUUUGGAGGGCCCGAAAGUAUCCAUCGAAAUGGACACAGCGCCCCUGUUGCUCUUCUUAUCACCCCGACAACUACACUUACUCUUUGAACUAGCAACUGGAUUGGCCAGUCCCGAUACUGAAGACCACAGCAACGUACUCACCACGAAAUACGCAGGUAAACCAAUGUCCAGCACCGACUACGAGCGAAUCGAAAGAGAUCUCCAGCAACAAUUAGCAAAUCCGAUACCAAAUUUCCAGCUCGGGUUUCCGGGUGGGCAUGGAUGGGCAACUGGAGCGUUAGAUGGUAGCGACAUCGACGAAAAUUUCAUGCCUCUUGGAAAAUACUCUGGUGGUUUAUAUGAGAGCGCAGUAUCUGUUGCUAGUACGAUGGAAUCUAGUUUUAGUUCUAGUAUGAUGAGUACGAGUACGGAGGUUACCAACCGGUCUCGCAAAAAAAUGAACAAGAUUGACACGGAUCCCACCGCGGAAAUAUCUCGGUUCGAGAUACAUUCGGCUUCGGUAGCCGUUGUUUUGUUACACGAAGAUUUGUUGACUGAAUCCUUAGGAGCCAAAACUAGUUUAGUACCUUCCAGCGUUAAGCAAAUGCAAGCGACUGUCAGCAAGUUUUUUGACAAGUCUUCUGCUGUUUUUCUAGCUAAAGAUUUUAAGGCUGCUAAUGCCGCAUUAGAUGAUGCUUGCCAAUUAAACCACUUAAGAUUAUUAGCAUCGCCACUUCAUUUAGAGGGCGACGAAAAGACAACCAGCACCGCUUUUUCGAUUAGUGGCCACCUGGAAGCCACAAGCUUAGAAUUAAGUGAAUGUCUUUACCAGAACAGUGAUAGUAUACAACACGUACCGCUUCUUACAUUUAGUGACAUUAAAUCCGCACAGUUCGAAAGUCCUGCUGCCACUGCCAAACCUAGCCUUAAGUUAAUUUUUAAACAUUUAGAGAAAACGACGAAGAGUAGCAAAACAGGACCCAAGACUGAUCUCUUAUUUGCGCUGAAUAAGUGCACCGUGGAAUUGGACAUUACGAUUGUAGACCGAAUCUCCGCGCUUUUGAAUCCUCAACAAAUUUGCGUUGUUGCAAAACCUAGUAAUCCGUGGGCAGCAGACGUAACCUCCCAAUUAGCAAGCGACAAUGAGUCUAAAAUUGACGUGCGAGUGACGUCACCAGUAAUGACCCUAAAGCUUCGGUUUCCUAUACCCGAUUUUCGACCGCCCCAUGACAUGAAUAAAACUCCGUGGUGGAAACGUCACGUGCGACCAGACUUCCUCUCGUUUGUUUUGACCGGGAUGUCGUUCCAAACCUGUUUACUGACGAACCAGACAGUGCAAGAUUAUACGUUAAAGUGCAAAAGUUUGAACGUUGCGUACCAAGAAGACGCUAAUUCUGACCCCGUGCCGGUGGGUAAGGCGGGAUAUGAGGAUAAAGCGAUGACUUCACUGCAGGAAAUUAUCACAGACUGCAAGCUAAACAUCAAAAUCUUCCCAACGAAACGAGUUAACUUAGAAGAACCGGCUCCAGUGCCCCAGGAUCCAUACACAACAUCCAUAAUGGGAGACCUAAUGGAAAAAAUGAAGCCCGAAGGACCCUUCAGUUCGAAAAAAGUAUACGAAAGCGACACACCGCACUACAAGGAUCAAAGAGAUGACUCUAAAGUGUUGAUGGUACCGGGCAACAAAUCAGAGAUUAACGAUUUCAUUAAGUCGACGACGUUGUCGUCUCGGGUACGCAUAGAUGUAUCGUUGCCGAUUGUGUCGAUGCAGCUGAUAUCCAAAAGAUUGUACGAGACGAUUUACAACCGGAUCAACAACGACCUGCUGCUGUGGGAACCCAGCGCUCCUAAACCCAAGACGACCACACCCGCCUACGACAAUAUCAACUACGGUCCGUUUGGCAACAUCGAGGUGGAGGGACACGAAGUGUUCACUCUGUGCAAGAGCGGCAUCCAGUACGAUUCAGAGAGCGAAACGGACGAAGAAAACGAAGACAAUUCCAACGUCUUCUACUCCACCUACAGUUCAAGAAUGAAAGUCUCGCAGAAGCAGCUGGUCAGCGAAUCGAAAGAAGAAAGUUACUUAACUCUUAAUAUACAUAUCGCUAAUGGAUUACUCUGCAUGUGUACGCCGGUGAGAGAUGCAACCACCAACAGCGUCAUCCCUAACCAGCAAGGAGAGUUUUUGAUUAACGUGGAAGAUGCUACUAUCUUUGUGGUGAACGGAUACAUGGGUAAUACGGAUUUAGGUUAUACCUGUUUGAAAUUUCAUAACGCUCAACUUUAUCACUGUGAUAUUAUUUCGACGCCAAGUCAUAGUCCACCACUCAAGGAUAUCGGAGCGACGCCCGGCAAACAUUUACACCCCACGAUUUACGGCUCAGAGGCUGGAACACUGGCCAACAGCAAAAACAGAGGUGGCGAUAGGGAGAUGGUGACGUUGUGUGUUAAAAUAAAAGCUAGUCACGAGACUCAUCAUGUCAAGAACGUUUCUAUCGCCGCCGGCUUCAACAAAGUCACUCUCAGGCACCGAAUGUGCAAUGAACCCAACAGCUGGAUCUCCCAACUCACUGACUUCUUCAACGUCAACGACUACCCCAUCCCGGGGUACCACGCCAAAGAGAUACUCACGGAAAUGUUCCUCCACUUCUGGGACUCUGCAAUCGAUUACAGACCUCGUUACUUACCGAUACGUUCGGUCAUCACCCUCGGGACCUUCAGCAUUUCGUCUCAUUUAAGCUCAGAUGUCAACAGUUCGACUCUGAGGUUCAUAGCAGAGGAGUGCGGCUUGUUCCUGAGUCAAAAGGGUGUGAAAAAAUUUCGAUUACCGUACAGUGGUCCUGUCGACUUAAAACGGGACUACGUUAACGUUAUCGAUUUGGGUUUGUUUGAGAUUAGUUUGAAGACGUCCGAUAAGAAAAACGUAGAUACUCCGCAUUUCGACUUGCGGGCUGCUAAUAAUAUAAUACACAUACGUACCUGCGCAGAUAGUGCGAGGGCUUUAACUCAACUCAUAAAGUAUUUGGCGAAUUACGGUGAUUUAGUACCACCGGAAGACGGUACGUCAAGCGGAAGUGCCUUCUCGAGUCCUCGACACUUACCCGAGCAAGAAUUAGUGUCCGUUGAACCUCAAGAAAUCGCGAACCUUUCAGAAAGUCAGCACCAACAAAUUCAUGAUCUCAUUCAAGACGCUCUGGAAGACGUCGACGAAAGUACUUCAACACAAGUGCAUUCGGAUUUGUAUAGUUACAACGGUACAAAAAUGUUCUACUUCCCCGACGAAAGACACCCUCCCCAAGAACCUGUGAAACCCCUACCUCAGGUCACCACCGAACUGGGUCAAGUACCCUUCCAGCCGAAUCUUGCCGACUCAGACGAAGAGUUUUGUUUCAUUGACGAAGAACCAGGAUAUAACAUUUUCCCAAAGAACGGCGUACCUGAAAUUAAAUGGCUCACUGAAGACCCGGUUCGGAUAGUCGAUAACCACUUUUCCGUCCCGAGCGAAAAGUGUGACCCUCUUAAAACACCAAAGAAUUUCCCCACUCCGACUAGAAAGUACACCUUGUGUGAGAUGAGUGUGGUCUGGCACAUGUACGGAGGUAACGACUUCGGACCCGUGGAGAAGGAAAAAAAGAAAACGGUUAACUUCUCGGACAUGAAGUUAAAAGACAGUGUUAGUUUUUCGAACUUGCAAAAGGAGGUGGUGAUCGAUAGUGAGAAGGUGAAGAAAAAGUCGUGGUUAACGAAGGGUGGGCCGAAUCGAAAUCACAACGUCUUGAUGGAGUUGCAGCUAAACAAGAUUAGAUUCCAGCACGAGGUCUACCCCGAUGUGUCGUCGAAGGCCUCGAGGCAGGUCUUGAUAGUGGCGGAGAUCGAAAUGAGAGACCGACUGAAGAGCAGUCAAAUGAAUAAGUUUUUGUAUCAAUAUAUUAGUCAAAUGAGGCCGAAACAGUCAAACGCGAAUAUGCUUGUGAUAAAAACCCUCCACGUGCGACCCGACCCUCAGCUCAGAAGUCAAGAAUGCUGUCUGAAGAUCUCUGUUUUGCCUCUUCGAUUCAACAUCGACCAAGACGCCCUCCAGUUCCUGAUUACCUUUUUCACCGAACUGGGUACCGACGUCAAAGAUGAUGAUUUACAAGUUGUCAGCUCUAAACAUAACACGCCAGUGCAUCAACCACCGGUGAUGACCGUCAAAGAAGAUAACGAAGAUCAGUUGAAAGAAGAAGCAAAGAAGAUCGUCGACGAGAAUUUGCUGAUUUUGUUAGAAGAGAAUAAAACAGAGCCGAGGUCGAGCGACGAGACUCCGCAAGUGACGAGUAGUAGUGCUGAAGACAGCCCGAUCUAUUUUAGGAAGGUUGUGUUUUCACCAGAUGUGCCUAUACGACUUGAUUAUCACGGGAAGCGUUUCGAUUUACGAACGCACGGUCCCCUACAGGGACUCUUAAUGGGUUUAGCGCAAUUGAACUGUUCCGAGCUUAGAUUAAAGAGGAUAUCACAUAGACACGGACUUUUAGGAUUUGACAAGUUGAUUAUGUUCCUUAUUAAAGAAUGGAUUAACGAUAUUAAGAAGAAUCAGAUACCAAAUUUGCUGGUUGGAGUGGGUCCUAUGUAUUCGUUUGUACAGUUAUUCCAGGGGAUUAGAGACUUAUUCUGCCUACCCUUCGAGCAGUACAAGAAAGAUGGACGCUUCUUGAGAGGCCUUCAUCGUGGUGCUAAUAGUUUUACGACUUCCACAGCAAUGGCAGCUUUAGAAUUGACGACCCGACUUAUCCACUUGAUCCAAAUCACAGCAGAAACCGCUUUCGAUAUGUUGACGCCAGGUCCUAGUGUGAAAAUAAAUCCGAAGACGAAAGUUCGCCGAAAGCGCUAUAGCCAACCCAAGGACAUACGAGAAGGCGUGACGAACGCAUACAAAUUAGUUAAAGAGGGAUUUGAGGAGACCGCGGAUAACAUCCUUCAAGUAGCCUCACACGAGCACGAACAAAAGGGCUACAGUGGCGCUGUUGGAGGCGUCAUACGGCAGAUACCUCCCACCAUAAUCAAACCCAUAAUCAUAGCCUCCGAGGCCACGAGUAACGUGUUAGGUGGAAUGCGAUGCCAACUAGUUCCCGAUGCGCGGAAAGAAGCCAACGAGAAAUGGAGGAACGAAGACACAUACGAUUCGUACGAGUGAUAAAAAGACUGGUUUGUGAUUUUAUAUUAAGAUUGUCAAUACAAUUUGGCAUAAUGUGCUUUGAUUACAAAUAUAGGAAACGUGUUUCUAGAGAUAUUUUAUUACUACGUUACGUUAUUAUUAUUAGGCAACAUAUAUGUACGUUUUUAACAGGCGUGGAGCUAAACAAAGACGCGUCUGGUUUGAAGAUGGACCUGAAUAGAUUGCCGAUUGUUUUAUUGCAAAGACAAUAUAUUUUCAGUUCAGCCGGGUGCUGACUGGAGCCAUACAAAAUUUCUGCAUGAUUUCACAAAAGUGAUAUUUUCGUACCUAGAUUAUUAACAAUAUUACGAGUUUAUUUAAUUGUACUGAUAAUUUAUUUGUACGUUGUGUAAGUGAUGCCGUGUGUUCAUGCAAACUUGUAUAAAGAUGAACAAAUGAGAGAAAUGGAUUGACUUACCAUUUGUUAUGUGAUAGGACUAUUGUAAUUAAAUCGUUUUUCAUGUAUGCAAUAUGAAUAAAUAAAUUUUUAUAUUUC